UGCCUCCGAAGAGAACCAUUGACGUUGUCGCGCGCAGUCACCCACGAGGCGCGUGCGCGGGAGAGGGAGAGACGGAGCCGUGCACACGCACACAGACGCACACACCGUGAGCACCGGAGCUCCGGUGGGUGAAGGCGCCUCGUGUCAGAGCGCGAGCAGCGCGGGAAUGUUCGCUGCCUCUCCGCCGCUGACACGACACAUCCAGGGAAGCAGGGCGGGGGGAGACGGGGACCCGGAGCCAGAGCAGCGGAGGGUUCCGUGGCUUUCACCGGCUGACGGAGCUGCGCUGCUGCAGGGCUGACAGCGCCUGUCCAUCACGGAGAGUCCGCGUAAAGUUUGCUCGAUGGCGCUGGUGAUGGAGCCGGUCAGCAAGUGGAGCAGCAGCCAGGUGGUGGACUGGAUGAAAGGUCUGGACGACUGUCUGCAGCAGUACGUGUGUGUGUUUGAGCGAGGUGGCGUGUGCGGCGAGCGCCUGCUGAGGAUCAGCCACGCCGAGCUGGAGGAGCUGGGCGUCUCCCGCAUCGGACACCAGGAGCUCAUCCUGGAAGCCGUGGACCUGCUCUGCGCGCUGAACUCAGGACUGGAGACGGAGAGCGUGAGAACUCUGGCGCACAAACUGGGCGCCUCGGCUAAAAACCUCCAGAACUUCAUCUCCGGUCGCCGCCGCAGCAGCCAAUCAGAGAGCAGGACGUCACGGCGGCUCCCCAACGACCUGCUGACGUCGGUGGUGGACCUCAUCACCGCCGCCAAGAGCCUGCUGGCCUGGCUGGACAGGUCUCCCUUCGCUGCAGUGGCCGACUACUCUGUAACCCGGAAUAAUGUCAUUCAGCUUUGCCUGGAGCUCACCACCAUCGUACAGCAGGACUGUACCGUGUUCGAGACGGAGAAUAAAAUCCUUCAUGUGUGUAAAACUCUGUCGGAGGUGUGUGAGCACAUCGUGUGCGUGUCCUCGGACCCUCUGGUCUCCCAGUCGGCUCACCUGGAGCUGGUCCACCUCACCAACAUCAAGCCCACCGAAGGCCUGGGAAUGUACAUUAAAUCGACCUACGACGGCCUUCAUGUGAUCACAGGGACGACUGAAGGGUCUCCAGCUGACCGUUGUAAGAAGAUCCAUGCGGGAGAUGAAGUCAUCCAAGUCAAUCAUCAGACGGUGGUGGGCUGGCAGCUGCGGAACCUGGUGGGCUCCCUUCGGUCGGAUAAAGGCGUGGUGUCUCUGACCCUGAAGAAGCGUCCGCAGAGCACCCUCAGCUCGGCUCCCGCUCUGCUGAAGAACAUGCGCUGGAAGCCUCUGGCUCUGCAGCCCACCAGAAGUCCAGGCAGCAGUUCAGCCACCCCCUCCAGCACUCCCACCAAAAACUCGGCCCUGCAGGACCUUUACAUCCCUCCUCCACCCGCGGAGCCGUACACGCCGAGAGAGGAGACGGGAGCUCUAUCGGCCGACGACGUGGCCCGUAACCACGCGGCGGCCAGUCUGGCCAAGAGGUCCGAGUCCCCCAACUCCUUCCUGGACCAAGAGUCUCGACGGCGAGAAGAGGAGGAGCCGGUUUACUGCACCACGCCCACUUAUGGCAGGUUGCGGCCUAUCUCCAUGCCGGUGGAGUGCAACUGGGUGGGCGAGUACGAAGACCCAGGCAAGCUGAGCAGGGAGCGCAGCAGAGAGGCCUCGCUUGUACGGUACGUGGGGCUGACGGCGAGGGAAGAGCGAGUCUACUCCGAGGACUACUCCUCCCACACGGCUCGUCCGGGGAAGCGCACCAACGACACAGCCAAGCGGGCCAAAAGGCGGAGCCACCACAGUCAGAGCCCCUCCCACUAUGUCCUCCAAGCCAGCCAGAGAGAGUCUCCGCCCCGAGACCCCGCCACCAUUUAUCACACGUACCAGCAGUCCUCGCUGCAGUCGAAGACCCGGAAGAAAAACAAAGGUCGGAGUUUAGCCUCCCUGAGCAGGAGACGUGUUUCCUGCAAGGCUCUGGGCCGUGGAGACUGCGAGGGCUGGCUGUGGAGAAAAAGAGAUGCCAAAGGCUACUUCUCUCAGAAAUGGAAGAAGUACUGGUUCGUCCUGAAGGACAACUGCUUGUACUGGUACAUAAACGAGGAAGACGAGAAAGCAGAAGGUUUCGUCAGCCUCCCCGAGUUCAAGAUCGACCGCGCCAGCGAGUGUCGAAAGAAGUAUGCUUUCAAAGCCUGCCACCCCAAGGUCAAGAGCUUCUACUUCGCAGCAGAUGGAGUGGAUGACAUGAACAGGUGGCUGAGCCGUCUCAACAUGGCCGCCGUGGGAUACGCCGAGCGGGAGAGGAUGCGCCAGGAACAAGAUUACUGGAGCGAGAGCGAACAUGAGGACGACACCACCUCCAGCCCGAAGCAGGACAGCCCUCCACCUCCGUACGAUACUUACCCACGGCCUCCGUCGAUGAGCGCCUACCUGGAGGGCCGGACCAGACUCUCCUCCACGGAGACGUCCCGCUCCCGUUCUUCCCAGGAAGACUUCCUCUGUGGUGACCCUCCAUCAGCAGCUGCAGAGCCGCAGUACCACCCUGGACCACUGGGGGCAGGCACCACCCACAGUGGCAGGAAGCCUGGAGGCAGCAGCAGCAGCGACGCCCAGUAUCGCUGCGACCCCAUCGAGUACCGCUCCAGUCCUGCAGGGGGCAGCAGUGAAACUGGCUCGCCUGGUCGCUCCUCCUCCUCACAGAGACGCUCAUGGCAGGACCUGAUUGAGACUCCGCUCACAGAGGCCGGACUUCACUACCUACAAACAGGACCACUAGAGGACGCCGUGUUCGCCGAGCCCGGACCUGUCGGCGUGUCGAUGACGGCCGGAGCCGUCUACACUCUCCCGGCCCAGAGGACCGUCCCGCUGCCCGUGGCGAUGCAGAGGCUGAUUCCGGUGACAACCCAGGGAGGGAAACCCCGCAGCUUCACCCUGCCACGAGACAGCAAUCUGCACAUGCUGCUGGCGCCGCCUGCCAAGGACCAACUGCAAGCGCACAAUGGUGGGAGUGAGGGCGCGUCUCUCGGCGAUCUGUUCCGAGCGUGCGAGCAGGGCGGCGUGUCCCCCCUCGGCCGUGACGCCGAGGCUAAGGACCAGUCCGAGUUCAGACAGUCGUUCCUCAGACGGGCCGCCGACCCGGAACUCAACGAGCGCCUGCAUCGUCUGCGCAUCCUGGGCUCCACGCUGAAGGACAGGGAGGGGGAGCUCGCGUUGAUUGACAGGCUGUUGGCCAAUCCCACGCUGUCGUCGGCAGAGUUCCGGGAGUGGAAGAAAGCGUAUCAGGAUCUCUUCUCUCAGGAGGAGAGCGUGGCCGAGGAGUCUGACCCGGGUCCGCCCCUGACCCCCUCACUCUCCCACACACACUCCUACAUUGAGACUCACGUCUAAACACGCAGUGACUGUGGUCAAGAUGCUUUCACUCUAGAGCAGUUGUUGCGCUGCACCGCGAGCAGCGACGGAGAACCUCCGGCUCGGACUGGGAGUAGAUGCGGACGUCUGGGCGGAACCUGGGGUUUCUGAAGAUCCACCAGCAAGCCAGAGACUGCUUCUUAAAUAUCCAUCGUAUCUUUCGUGCUCACAGUGGAAACUAUUUAACGCUCCUUUUCUUGGCGACAGGGUUUGUUUCGCACAGUCGCUGUAAAUCAUCGCGCUUGCUGUGCCGUGUUUACCUGACGCACAUCAUGUACUUGAGCGCUUCAUACUGGAUGUUGACUUUGAGCGGCAGAGUGUUUCGUAUUAGCGAGAGAAAAUGUGUUUGCAAAUACGGUAACAUUCUAUUACGUGCUGGGCUGGACCUGAAGCAUGCACUGUUCACCUGAAGAGGGCGCUGUUAGGGACCACUUCAUUCCCAGGGCAGAAUAGUAAUAUAGUUGAUUUUAUUUCACAUUCUAUUACAGGCUGUUGAGAAUCUAUUUAUUUUUUACUCUACGAUGAUGACAAACUAGCCAUACUUGUGACUAAAGUAAAACUGAGGCUGUGCGUGUAUAUUAGUAUACAGUUGUGGUCAUUCAUUCACAAAAGCCAGGAAGGCGAGUUCUGUCCGGCUCAUCCAGGUUGGUUCUGCUCACAGACAUAUGGUCCAUAGCUGCCGUUUUUCUCCUGUUUUCACUCUGACUCUUUGUCAAGCUCCCGCCUCAAGUGAAUCUGUCGCACACAGCGGUUCCUUCUUCAGUACCGUGUUUACCGUUGGAUACUUCUCCCCUCAACUGUAGGCAUCCCGCACCCCACUCUCUGGUCUUUUGAUCCCACACACUGCACAGAGACUAUUGUCCCCCCAUCCUUCCGGUUCUCCCGUCACACUGGUGCCAAACCCACUGGCUCUUAACCACCUGGCAUCCAAACCCAACUCUGGCCAGGAGAGGCGGUCUGAUACUCUGGGAAGAGCGGAAUGUCAAGGGCACGGCUUGUUCCAUGCCUCCACCCCACCCACAUGCCGACAUACCCGCCAGACACCAGGUCAGCUCCAGCUCUGGAUCUUCUCCAGCUCUCAGGCGACCCUCAUCUGGUCUUUACCAGUAUCCUGACCACAGCUAGGAGGCGCUCAGGUGUCAUAACAGUGCACAACCGCAGCUUGGUCGAGCCUAGCUCCAGCUAAAUAUUGCUGAAGCUGGGACUCUGAGUGUUUUUUCUGUAAGGUGCCGGGUGGAGGAGAUCAAGACGCUUUGUUCACGAGUGAGGGAGAGAUGGAUGGAGGGAUCUGUCCGGCAUCUUCAGUCAUCAGGACUGUGGUGAAGAAAGAGCUGAGCCAAAACACAGACUGUUAACUGGUGAAGCUACUGUCACCUGGACACAGAUUUUGGGUAGAGACUGAAAUCGAAUAGUUGUCAUGGCACUGACUCCUGGAUGGCCCCCUAGUUAGUUGGGCCACUAGGAGGAGGCCCUGGUGCAGACCUAGGACAUGCAGGAGGGACGUCAUUCAGUUGACCGAGGAAUACCUCAAGUAUUCCCUGACAAAUGUUUCAGGAGGUUUGGGCUGCUUCAGUAUGACAGUGACAAACUGAGGAAAAAGGAUGGCACGGCUGGGGACCCCGCGGUGGGACACGACUCUGAUACCAUCGGCGCCACCGUGACUUUUAAACACACACUAGUGACCCGCAGAUAAUUGCUCUCUCAAGCCUGAAUUCUUUUCCCGCAAAUAUCCCCUGUACACUCACACACUUAAUGUAAAUUACAACACCUCAGGAGUGAAGGGAUUAAAACAUCCAUCGCAUCUUUCUGUUGUCGGUAGGAGCGCAGAGCUGUGCCAGUCAGCCAUACUGCUGCCUGUGGUUGGUCCUCGUCGUCUUGGUUGUAAAUAGAUAUUUGCUCUUUGUGUUCGAACUGCAGAAAUGGUAGAUUAUUUAUUUAUCAUUAAACAUGCUGAAGAAUGUUCUCGGGUAACAUCGGGUAUUUUUGGAGUGUCAGUCAGAAGAGGCGUUUCAUGUUUACUCUGGUUUGGAAACUGUAUUUUUAUCCCGGUGAUUAUUCUGUUGCAGAGAAGCGGGUGUGUCAAUAAAGUUUGAUAGUUGAAUUACGAUUCCUGCUGAGCUCGUGUUCUGCCUGGCGCUGUGUUUGUCUGAGCACACUACUGACACCUACUGGUCACAAUUAUUAGGUUUCUAAUUCAGACACCAGGAGAGCCUCAGGGCUCAAGCCUUGGCCCUCACCUCCUCUUGCUCUUUUACAAUGAGAUGCCAAAUCAAACUUCAUGUAGGUGACAUAUGCCAUCUUUGCUUUUGACUUUUCUCAGACAUGACACGGCAAAAAAAAAAAAAAAAAUCAUAGCCUCAAAAUAAGUAUAACGUGCACAUGAAAUAGUCCCAUUUAAGUUGAGUUGCAUGGUUUGUUUGACUUAAUAUUGCGUUGUGUAUGUUUAAUUUAUUGAUUUAAUGACGAUUGAUUUGACAAUUCCUCCAGUUAUUGCUCGAUCACGCUGCAUGUAACCUGUUGGAUCGAUUAAGAAGGACCCAGGUGCUCUGGCCAUUUGUAAGAAAAAAAAAAAAACAUUUACAAACUUGGAAAUACACUUACAAACUCAGGAAAAAAGUUUGAUAAAUAAGUCUUUAAAUGUGUUUGACAUGUUAUAAAUGUGUUUCUCUGUUUGUAAGUUUGCUUGAAAAGUAAGUUUGUGAGAGGCUGUUGGUUCAAAUCCCAGGGGAUAAGGGCCCCCAACUAUGGCCCCCGGUGCUACAGGGCGAUGUAUUUCAAGUGGCCCCGGAGAUAAAACUGCUGAAUCAGGCUAAGGAAACCAUCACUGGUUGUAGUUCAAAAGACCUCACCGGAGCAUUGCAAACUGUGUAUUGAAGGACGAUGUUAGUACUUCCACCCAAUUAUACUCUUUAUUUAAGCGGAUCUGCUCUCACUUUUGAGAAGCCAGUUGGUUAAAUUUCACUUCAAUAUCCAGAGCUUUGAGUCCAAACUUGUUAAUGAAGCCCUCAGAGCUGAACUGGAGCUGCUUUAAUGUCACACCAGCGUUUGAGGAGGAUUCGUCUGAGGAAGCUCUCAACUCCUCCUUUAGAUGGCUGCUGUUAUUGUUUUGCACUUCUGAACAGGAAAACUCGUGUUGUUGUGUUCCUGCUCAUGUCUUUUAAACGUUUAAUGACGUGUUCAGUGGAGGUUGAGCUUUGAUUUCCUCCCUGUCGGAGGUCUCCUCUCGCUGUGGGGGCUUCAGAUAUGAACAAGAUGUGUUGGCGGUUUCCUCACGUUUGAAGUCAUGACAAGUGUUCGCAGGGUGGAAGUUUUAAUCUUUUUCCGUCGCAGUCCUUCACUGCCAAACAAAACCCAGACGUCCUGAGCCAACGCGCCGCUGGAGUCUGCGCUGACGGCGAGGAUUUAUUUUCCCACCAACUCCUCACGCAGAUAAAUCACGGCAGCGGUAAAUCCAGCGCCAGAAAAUAACGGAAUAAAAAACAUCGGAGGCGACUCAGCCGACGUUGAUCCGCUAAUCCUUGUCAGAGCGCGGGGAGGUUUGUUUCUAUUCCUGUCCAUCCAUCUUAUAGAAGCCAUCCAUUAUUAAUCUCCGCUGCUUGAAUGGCGAUGCCACAUGCAUUUAUCUACAACUGCCAUGAAAUAUUCACCAAGUGGCGGCUUUAUUUCCAAGACGUCCUCCCUGAACCUCCCUGCACUCCUCCGCCUCCUCAGCUCCUCCUUCCAGUCGAUGUUCUUCAUCAGCUGCCUGCGAAAGUCGGAGUGAUGAGCUUCAGACCAACAGAUCUUCUCACCCUCUCGGCCACACGAGUGAAAAUCAAUCCAGAAAAACGCUUCUCUUUGAAGAAGCUUCAAACACAUUAAGGGCCCGUUUAUGUCCCUGUCCUUCUCUAGCAGUGCUAGAGCUGUCACUGGUCACAUUCCUCAUGUGGCUGUUCACCAAUAUAUCCACCAGGGGGAGCAGCUCAGAGUCAAAAGCUUAUGACAACAACAAACUCCCAAACCAACAUGGCAACUGUGGAAGAAGCAAUGAUCAUGUAGCGCUUGCACAAAAGAGGAAACAGAGGCAGCGUUGUUGGAGGUGGUGGUUGGUGAGAACGUUAAAUAUAUCGCCACUGGAGGACGCAGAGUUUCCGCUAUUGUUAUGUCUUCUUCGUGACUCAUUAGCGCUACGUUUCGGGUAGUAACAGCAACACUGCCCUCUGUUUUUACCAGGUGGUACUGCUCCGUUUGGUCCGUAUCUGUAAGCGUUGUGGGAACGUGCAGAAAUACGGAGGAAAGAAACUCUGAGCACGGACGCUAGGCUCCGUUCAGAUCCAGAUCCGUAUGAAACGUUGAGCAUAAAUGCUCUUUAAUACACCGCCUUUUGUGUUAAUGAAAUAUUGAACUCUCACAAGUGGACUUCAUUAUGUGCUCAGUUGCAACAACAUUAUGACCACUUGCAUUCUAUCAUCCUAGUGUUGCCCCAUCCUGCAAUUUGAAAGAUUGUGAGUCCAUGUUUUGCCUGAACAUUCGGCCGACACUGAUUUAGGCUGCAUCCACCCAGUAACAAGUCUUUUCCUGUUCAAUAUUUGGACUUUUGAAUUUGAGCCGUUUCAGACGGCCCAACACGAAUCCACUGAGAGCAAUGUGGUAGACAUGUCAGGCCUGUGAGGAGCAAUGUCGCAUUGGGAGUGAACGUACCUCAAGAAGUGAACAACAAUAAUAACCAUCGAUUUAAGUUGUUGCCAUGAACAUGACUGUUAGCUUCAAGAGACGACACAUUUGUAACAAAAAAAGGAUUUUAUUGAUAGUGAAGUGGCCAAAACAGAUAUAGCUAUGAAGAACGUAGAAGGUUCAGUCUGCAUUCGACCACAUGACUGAUCUGGACCUGGUCGGACUUCAAGAGCUCCAGUUUUCUAUCGCUGUUUGGUUUGUCUACGGCACCACAAGACAACAUAACAAUGCUAGUCAUCCUCAUCAAAAUAGCUUCUGUAGCCAUGAAACUCCAGUUAGCUCUUAGCUGUCUCGGACGCCUUCCGAGCUAAUGAGCUCACAGUGGCCGUGGAGUGGCCACUGUAAUUCAGUCAGCGGCUGAAAGGUCACUCCAAAUUAUUACGGAGAAAAUAUACGGACCCCGAAUAGGGUCGAGAUGAAAUUGCAGCCGAGACGGAAGGAUGGUGAUUGAUUAAAUAUACGCGGGUAGCCGACGUAACGUGAGUUAUGAGUCGACGAAGGGUGCUGAAAAGUUGAGUUAUAUACUGCUCACCACGAAACCCCAUAAAAACCAACAGGUCGUCUUGCUGUGAUGCCUUUUUAAUGCAGAGCAGCCUUUGUGAUGUUUGCUUAAAUCCUACGGAGCAACUUUCACUGCAAACACUGCACGGAUUUGGCAGAUUGGUUUCACUGGUACAGAUCUUUCUUCCUCCCGCCCUUUAAACUGAGGGAUAAAAUGCUCACAUUGCGACUUAACAUCGCCCUCUACUGAAGGGUGUGACCUCUUUCUUUGCCAGUCGGCUUGUUUUCGUGCGAAAGCAACAUGACUUUUAAUGGUGUUUGUGAUAGUUUCUUCCUCCAUUCAUCUGCUUUGAGCCUAAAGCUACGUGACUAAUGUAAGUAAUGUUUGUCUCCGACAACAGUGAACGGAGGGAAUCACUUAGCGCCACUUAGUCUUGUAAAAUUAGCGCUCACUCUUUCACACCCACUUGAAAGUGAGACCCUAAAUACAGAGUUGGUUUUAGUCGGGGAGGGGCAGCAAAGUGCACUCGGUCCCCGUGAGAGGUCUGGGCAGCUGACAGAUUUCUUUCCACUGGUCUUUCUUGGGAUCAUAUUCCAGCACGCUCCUGACUAUCACCUCCUGCCCUUCACUCCACCGCCUCCCUCCAAAUACCAGAAUGCUGCCGGCGCUUGUUGGCACCAUCCCGUAGCUAAACGAUCCGUUGAGGAGCGGCCUGAGGCGAGUCCACUGAUCUGCUUCUGAAUGGUAGCGUUCAAUGUCACAGAAGGGUUCGUACAUGCCCAGCAGGGCGAAGAUGGAGCCGGCCACGCUGACCAAGCGAUGGCCGAACCUGCCGAUGGACAUGGACGCCCUCUUGUCCCAGGCUCGACUUUGCAGAUUCCACUGCAGCAAGUCUUUGCUGCUGACUCCGUCUUCCCCGUGUCGGAUGGCGACGUUGGUGCGGUGUCCCUGGAGGCCACCUGACAGGUAGAUGCUGUCGUUGAGCACAGUUGAAGCGUGACCAUGAAGGUGAUAAGGCAGAGGCGCCCCUCGCCGCCACGCUCCCAACGUCAUGUCAUACUGCUCCACCGAGGAUAGCGAGACGCGAGUCUCCGCUUGGGUUUGCCGACCUCCCAUCACGUAGAUGACGUCCUGGACCACGCAGCAACUGAACUGCGCUCGGCGCUCCAACAUGGACUCCACCUGCUCCCAGUGGUCAAAGCGAGGAUCGUACCGCCACACCUGAGCAGACGUGUCCAUCACGAGCGACUUUCCGUCGUCGUUUCCUUCUCUGACCACGUCGCCCCCCACCACGAACAAGAAGCCGCCCACAGAGCAGACGCAGUGAUCCCUCAGCCUUAAGGGAACCUUCGCGCUGAGACACGUAAACUUCCGGUUUCUGGGGUCGAAUGACAGCAUGUCUUGCUCUGGACCAUCCGGGCCGGACCUACCCCCGACUAGAAGGACCCGGUGAGGUGACGCUCUGAUGGUCGUCUGUCUGUUCUGUCUGACCGGCUGAGCUCUUCCCAUCCUGUGGUACUCUAGCGCCUUGGUCAGCUGGCUGCGUAUUAGCGGAGUGGACAUUGCCUUGUGGCUAAGACCAUGAAGCACACUUGGAUCCACCAAUCCGAAGCGCAGGCGACUAAGCAGAAGGUUUGAUUUCAGCAGUGGGAGGGGCCCGUUCUCACUCAGCCAAUCGAGAGCCAACUUCAUAAGCUCCACCUCUUUGACUGCAGGUAUUUCAUCCGCGUCAAGCAACGCCAUCAUGGACUCCAUGUUUAGUCCGAGUAGGUACGCUCUGUUUUCUUGUAGCAAGUGGCUCAUCUCCAUAGCGAUGGUUUGGUUGGCAGCUUCAAAUGCGUCGGAGAGGGCGUGGUGUCCGGCCAGGUUAGCGUAGCAGCAGCAGGUGCUCGAGGUCAACCCGUCGAUGAUGAAUCGCUCACAUAUGGAGACAGCUGGCUCCACCUGCAGGUAGCGAGCGGCCUCCAGGACGUCAGGAAGAGAGCUGGAGGAAAUCCGCAGCCACCCGGAAUAAAGAAAGUCCAGAACUGCCCCUAAACCCUCUGGCGUGACAGCAGGAAGGCUGACGGAGGCGGCCCAUCUCUCUGCAGUCGCGUCUCCAAAUAGGGCCCAGAAGUAAUCGCUGGAGCUGGCCAGCAGAGCGCGGUGACACGGGAACGAGACGCCUUCGCUUUCCAAAAGCACAUCGCACAUCUUUCCCUCGCAGCGCAGCCGUUGGAAGCCAGAGAGGAGCUUGGUUCUUUGGGCAGAGCUGUAGAGGAAGGAGUAGCUCUCCAUCCAGAACGUUGAGUCACGGCAGGUAGGAGGUGAGGACUGAGCAGGAAGAGGCUGUCGAGGAGACGUCAGAUCUGUCGCAUGCUAGUGAGCAGAGCCAGAAGCAGAAGAUAAAAAGUGGAGGGUGAGAAGCAGUGCAGUGUUUCCUCAGCUGAGUUCUCUGCCUCUGCUUUGUCUGUGGACAUGCGACCCCUUGAUAAAUGGACGUCCCUCCCCUUCUCGUCCCCCGAAAGUGGAUUGUCCCAAAGCCGGUGUUGAUGUCCCGUUCCGGCCGGCUCUGCGUUGCCCUUUCCGCUGCAUCCGGGCGGGAGUGCUGCCCAAAUACACCCCUCAGACACACACCCACCGUCACACAAACACACACAGAGCCGGGGGUCACAGGCUCCAUCCCUGAGGAUGAGCUCAUGGGUAAAUACAGCUGCUCGUCUGCAGCCCAAGAUUCCGGCGUGUGGCUCCGCAGAUCGGCGACUUUAUCGUCAUGGCAACUUGAAACCCAAACACAGCUCCAGCUUUGCGAGAGACGUUGCAAAUCAAAGCAGACGACAGUUUGGCGAGGCGACGACAGGUUGAACCCUGACCUUUCAGGAAGCAUCUCCCGACCCGAUCUCAGCGACGGAGGUCGCGCUCGUGUUGGUGUGCGGAGAUGAACGUCUGCACACAUGACAGACAUACGCAGGAGGACAUUUAUGAGCAGGUCAAGAGCUCAGCGUUACAAGUUUGUGAGCGCUCUGAUGACUUGUUUAUCUCAUAUCGCUCUUCUUCACUUUCAGCUUGCAUCACCAGUCAAGACGUGAAACUCGAACCUCUGCAUGGACUCGCGCGUCUCAGAGAUGUCCCGCCCCCGGACGCAGAGCUCCCAUCGGGAUGUUCAAAUUAGCCUUAAGGACAGCAAGACCAGCCAAUGACAAACUUUUUACCACUUUAGAUACGACAGCCUUGCUACACAACACGUCUGGCAUUCACUCCAAAAAAUUGUAAAUAUUGGUGUCGCAGAGUGUUUAGAGGAGGAAAACUGCUGGAUGUAACUCUAAUUCUACGAGGACAGACUCCACCAUCUAGCAGGCUCCACGGAUGGUUUACCCAAACCUGUUAGAGGGCGGAGCACUUUCGAAACACAUCUAUACCGCUUUGCGUUCUCCAUCCCUUUUAGUUAAGCCCUGUUUGUAAUUCCUGCCUGGCAAAACUGAGCCUGAAGUGUGUGAGAGUUUUACAGUCUUGUGAUGUAAAACAAACCACGAUACAACAGAUGUUUCGUGAGGCCUCUGUCAGUCUGACAGCUUUUUCCACUGCUGUGCUAAGGUAUUGGUCCCAACACAAAUGUCCAUAUUCAAACUUCCUAUGGCACUUACGAAUUUAGAACUUAUCUCUAACUUUCUGUUCUUUCCAAGUCUUUCUCCAUUAUAUUUUAUUGGCCUUCUGAAAAGUGUUUUCCCACAGUGACUCCCAAUCUAUUUACGUUAUCUGGGGAGGGAAAACUGAAGCUGGAUCUUCAUGAGAAGAGUCCAGUGAGAGGCUUCAAGUUAGCAUCCAUCCGCCACCAUCCGCCCCAUGAGGAGAAGGGUCUAUCAGAGGGGUAAUGGAGAUAAAGUUAGGGAGGACGGAUGGUGGAGAGGACAGACAGAGUUGGGUCAAUAAUGUUGGAGAUGAAUAAAACCAUUGAGGUUCUUGAUAAAGGAGGACGUGAAGAUGUAACCAGAGGAUGAUGAUGAUGAUAAUAGGUGAAGGCGAAGGUGGAGACGAGUAGAGACGAAUGUUAAUACGAACGGAACGGUAACCUGGUUUUAAAAAACGCCUCCUCGCCCGUCCUGACUGUCAAUCACAGAGGCCUUAUGAUGGCGCUAGUAAGUAUAUAACCUCAUGGUUUAUUACCUAUCAUGCUCAGAGGUUUAUACAAACAAAAGACAGUCAUGAGUCAAAUGGCGACGAGACAUUUGUACGCUGCUUUUGUAAGGUCGACAUGCCUUCUGAUGCUAUGUACAGCUCUGGAGAGGAGGAGACGUCUUGGUGUCCCACUAACAGCAUGUGAGCUCAGCUUAUCUUGCCGCGCUUUGGCUGGUUUUCUGUGGAGAAGCUUAUUGCGCUGCGGGCGAUCGCCUCCUCGUGUUUCAUCAGGUGCAGCCGAAGCCUGCGCUCGACGGCGUUUCAUCCGUGGCUCAACAUUGUUCUGCUCUGAUAUAUAGCUGAAACGCGUUUGAUCCUCAGUCAGUCAAAAUGUCCGGACUCUUCAUUUACCUUGGGUUUUUGUGGCAUCUAAUCUAAAAUCGACAGACUAAGAAAAAUAUUUUUAUUCAUAGAGACAUAUUCGCAUGUACAUUUUGUGCCAAAACUAUGUUUAAAUUUCAAAAAUAUUUUUAACAUUUGCCUAAAUUUCCGUUUUCGCAAUAGAGGAAGAAUCUAAUACCAAGUUGCAGUCUUAUAGAUGUAUAUUUAUUUAUUUUUUCACAUAUGAAAUAUCUAUUUAAAAUCAGACCACGGAAUGGUAACUGUCAAUAAAUAGAUAGAUAAUAGAUAGAUAAUAUCUCUCACCCCUGAGUAACUGCUCCCCUGCCCUGCAGUAGCAGGAGUCAAGCUGAAGAAAAUUAAUUAUUUUCUAUUAUGGUUCUAUUAUUUUUAUUAUUUUUUCCCCUUAAGUCAAUUUAGCUUUGUUUAUUUAGCACACAACAUGACAUGAAACAUAGUAUUUUAAAUUCUUAUCUUAUCGGUUGAUGUGAAUAUUAUUGAGGUGAAGUGUUUUCUUUUCUACUUGUGGUAUCACUGAAACUACAAUAUUUAUUUUGACAGACUGUUCUGAUGUUGUUUACAUGUAAAUGAGAAACGUUUAUUCUGUGAAAGCCAUUGAGGAUGGUUGGUCCUCACAUCUGACCAGGUGGUUGAAGUGUGUAACCCUUGUUUAUUUCACUGUAUGUUUGUAGUAUCCAAGCGUCGUACGGACUGUGAUGGUGAACAGAGCGAGAGCACAAUGUAAAUUACAGUUGUUUCUGUCACACGUCCGACACGAACACGAGAUCUUUUCCAAAUAUCUGUCACAGAAACACUCGCUGUGGCUUUCCGUCGACGUCGACCGUUCACAAGACCUGGUCUGAGACACGUCACAUGACCCCACACUGAUCGCUGUUUCCUUUCACAACAUACAGUACGUCUAACAUGAAGACUGACCGCACUGUUCAGAAACGCAUUUGAUGGAAAAUAACAGCCUUAAAAAAAGGUGAUUCUAUUUUGAAAGUCUGUGCAUAUGCUCUGCCUUCAGUGGAAAUUGGGGGGUCAGUGUUCUGCAACCCACCUCCACAUCAGCUCCUCCCCCUUGAUGUAACCACUCCCACGCUACGAAGAACAUCCCACAUUCUGCGCCAUACGUAGAAUGAGACUUUUAGCAUUAGCAUUAACAUUUGUAUGUAGUUGCUCGUAGAGAGGUGAAGUUGAAGGAGACAGUAACUAGUGAUCAGCGUGAGCCUCAGAUCAGACCAACCAACAGUUUACUAGUCAUAACUGUCACUGUCAUUACUCCCCCAAACCACUGGAUGAUUCCGGUGGUCAUGUGACGUGUUGGUCCUAAAAUGUCCCGAAGCUACAGCGAGUGUGGAUGAACCAUCACCCCUCAUUUGUUACGUCCCAAAAUAAGUUGCUGAGUCUGCACUACUGAAGCCUUGAAAUCGUGUAUCUGCACACUCUGUAUCUGCCUUUGCAACGAAUAAAGACCUUAAACGACUGUGUUGUUCGUCAGAACUGCGAAGAAAGUUGGACGGAUGGAGAGGUGGUUUUACCUGGAGAGCCUUGACGUUGGACGAGGGUUUGGACAUGUCGCCCCAGGGAGUCCUCGGUCCUGCAGGAAGAUCACAGACAUUGAGCUGCCUGUGUGUGUGUGUCACUGUGUUACAGUGGGUGUUUUUCAGCCCUGGAUAGCGUUUCAGUUGCCUGGCGACACUCGCGGAUACGAGGCAGGUAGAGGAACUGUUCUCUGAAUUAUUCAGGAGGGGUCAAGGAACCAGCGACAAAAAGUACAGAAGGUUUCCGAGAUGUGAAUUUGAAUGUGCGCUCGGACCUUCCACACCGACUUUUAUAAAUCCAAAAUAAUUUACAUAGUACUUCAAGAUUUUGUACGUAAUUUGUCUUCUUAAAAGUUCUCUAUAUGUCAUUCUGACAGUAGAGGGCGCUCUCUUCUACCGUAUGCUAAACAUAGGUCAUUUGUCAACUCAAACUUGCCCAAAUACUGUGCACUAUUUCUGAGGCUUUCAACUUUUUCAGAGAUGUGGAGCGUUCCACCCGUCAUUGCGCGGCUUGAAAUGAAGUCACACAAAGACACCCACACGAUGUGAGCUGAACAAACGGGGAGACCAGUGGUGAGAUUGGCGUCUCAUUGAUAUUAAACAGCACGUGCUGAUGGUGUCGUGAAUGAAAUCACCCGGACAAACUAACUCAGUCAGCCCCAGCUUCUGUGCCACAGACUGGUGUUUUAGUCCAGACCGCUUAGCCCGAGUCGAGACCAAACCUGGGCAUGACGAGACCAAGACCAGGACUUCGAAGACCUGAGACCAAGACCGAUGAGGGGCGAGAUCAAGAAGCGGAUCGAACACAUUUUAACCAGUCUGCGUCCGACUCGUACCGUGGUCAGCAACUCGACUUGACAUGUGAGGAGGCUACGUCAGGUGGGUCAGGACGGAGUUAUUCUUCUAAAUGCAGCGCCGAGAACGCCACCGCCGCACCAGCUUGCUGACUCUGACUCUGCAGAUUAGCGUAGUUCAGAGACAACUUUGACUCUCUGGAUGCUCUGGCUUAGGCAUCUUGAUGACAACACCACCAAAGACAGAAAAAGGACCUUAGAAGAACAGCGAUGCUAAUAAACCUUGGGACUGACUAAUGUUUCCCUGCCCUGAUCCCGGUUCUUCAUUUGGGUCAGAAGAGUUGAAAGAACAACACAACAGCUUCGCUCAGCGUGCGUGGUCCUUGAGUGAACCUUAGCUGCAUUUUGACUCCCGAAUUUGACUCAAUUCAAACAGAAGUAUCUGACUAAUGACUAUGGAAAUGCUUCAUUUGCUUGAGUUGAUGUAGACGCGAGAGUCGUCUGGUGUCCAGGAAAGUUCAAGUGAGGCUCAAGUGGCUUCAGCAGGAAGAAGUUUCCAUGAGCCGCUUCGUUUAUCUGAGUGGGACGGUUGC